AUGCUCAGAAGCUUACAUCUCAAGGCCAGCGUCUCGCGACUUCCCGACACAUUUACUUCAUUGCAGUCUCUUAGAAGCCUCGAGCUGCACUCUUACGAGCUGGCGGCUUUGCCUGGAGACUUCGGCAACUUGGUUUCCUUAACGUCGCUCAAGUUGCAGUGGUGUUGCUCCCUAGCGUCGCUUCCCCAAUCCUUCGACCAACUCGCCAGUCUGAGCCUUCUAUCCUUGAGUAACUGCUCGACGCUGCAGCUGCCGGCCUCUCUCACCAAGCUUUCUUCUCUCGCCGUCCUGGAGAUUCGCCAGUGCGAGUUCCUUCACCCGCCACCCGUCGAUUUUCAUAGACUGCAGGCGCUCGAAACCCUCAUAUUGGAUGAAGUGACGGGACUGCGCGGCUUAAUCGAGGCUCUUGAGCAUCUGUGGCGGAUCAAGACUCUAACGGUCAAGCGCUGCAGCGACAUCCCGUCUCUGCCCGAGUCUCUUUUCCGCCUGCCUUCACUCACCUGCCUCACCCUCGACAUGCCGCAGCUUUCAGUUCUGCCGGACGAGUUUGGGCGGUUGUCAACGCUGCAGACACUCGUUCUAGAUCUGAGGAAACUCACAACCCUUCCUGACUCCAUAAUUUCACUUACCACGCUCCAAGAGCUUGCCUUGGAAAAUCUCUGGAGCCUGCCGUCUCUGCCUGGGGACUUCGGGCAGCUGAUUGCUCUUGAAAAGCUGCGCCUGAACAACUUUCGCCAGCUCAGACGCCUGCCUGAAUUUUUUGGGCGGAUGGCUGCCCUCCGGGAGCUGAAAAUUGUGGAGUGUAGGCAGCUGCAGCAACUCCCGGACUCCCUCUCCCUGCUAUCUUCUCUCAAGCACCUGGAGAUCAAGAAGUGCCCGGCCCUGACGAAGCUGCCAGAUAAAAUGGGGAACGGAUUGCAGCGUCUGCAGCAUCUGCAUCUGGAGCAAUGCUCUUCUCUCACCCACCUCCCUCCAUCCCUCUCCUUGCUGACUUCCCUUGAGACCCUCAAGAUCAUUGAAGCUAAAUGCUUCGAAGGCACCCUACUGGACGGCUUCUGCUGCUUGAAAAGCCUCAAGGAGUUGGUGCUUGAAGACAUGCCUCGCCUAACCUCCCUUCCUGCCUCCUUCUCGGGCGUUUAUUCACUGACCAGCCUUGAAGUGAUCAACUGCCCUAGAGUAAGGGCCCUACCUAAGGGGAUCGGACGGCUGACGGCGCUCGAGGUGGUCAAGAUCGCAGUGAUGGAUCGCUUGAGGCAUCUUCCCGCUUCGCUUGUUAAGCUGCCGCGACUGCGGGUGUUGGAGGUGCGGGUAUGUGAUAAGGUCGACGCAUUGUUUGGCGAUGAGUCGGUGGUCAAACGCACCAACAGCAUCGCCGGCAGCAGCAGCAGCAGCAGGGUACUGCUUCCAUCUGUUCAAAGUCUCAAGAUAAAGUGUCUUCCAUUCCGUACCCUUGGACCAUCCCUUGGCCAGCUUUCCUCUCUCACGAAGCUGAAGGUCAUGGAGAUGGACAGCCUUGUUUCUCUCCCUGACUCCAUCUCUCAGCUCUCAUGCCUGAGAAGGCUUCGGAUUGAUUCGGUCAUUCAGUUGGAGUCGCUGCCUGACGCCCUUGGAGGGCUUUCACGGCUGCGUGUCUUGCAGCUGAUUGACCUCUCUGAAGUAAGGCAGCUGCCCGAGUCUCUCGGACAGCUGAAGAUGCUCGAGAAGCUGGAGAUUAUUGACUGCUACAAGCUGAUGCAGCUUCCAGAAACAUUCGCGAAUCUGUCUAAGUUACGUUCCUGUAUGCUUAUCAAGCUUGGCCUCUUGACUUUUCCUGAAAAUUUCUGGAAGCUGUCUUCCCUCCAAGAGUUGGUGCUUCUGGGGCUGAAGCAUGUCUGCAGCUUGCCAGAGUCGUUCGCUAAGCUGCCUAAGCUACAGGUGCUGCUGGUUACUGCGUGCAAGAAGCUGGCUCAGGUGUCGUCUUCUCUCCGGAGAAUGCCGACGCUGCGUGAGUACCGUAUCAGCGAGUGCCCUUUACUCCCACAACAAGACACGAUGGGGGUUCUUGCAAGGGGAGGCGGGGAGGAUGGGGAGGAGGGAGAGGGAGCGGUUAAUGAGGGAGAGGCGGAAGGGGAGGGUGGGGAGGGAGGAGAAGCGAUGGUGGAAGGGCAUGAGACGGACAGGGAGGCAGCGGAGGAGGCAGUGGAUGCGGAGGGAAGAGAUGAGGUGGUGGAAGGGCGAGAGGCAAACAGGGAGGCAGUGGAGGAGGCAGAGAGUGAGGAGGGAGGAGAUGAGAUGCUGGAAGGGCGAGAGGCGGACAGGGAGGUAGCAGAGGAGGAGGGAGAGGGUGAGGAGGGAGGAGAUGAGGUGCUGGAAGGGCAAGAGGUGGACUGGGAGGAAGCAGAGAGUGGUGGUGAGGAUUGGGAUGUCUGUCAUGAUUAUGGCAUGGACAGUGACGAUGACAGGGACGACGAUGCAGGCUGGGGGGCGAGUAGUGACGAAGACGAGUAG